UUGCUUUUGGAGCAUUUAGAAUGUCUUGUCGCUAGGCAUGAAAGGUCUCUGCGCAUGACCGUAGUCAAACGUCAGACCUCGGGCCUUGGAAUAGGCCUUUUCAUGAAUAGUGGAGCUCAGGCGGACGCCAUAGCCGUUGGCGGUGGUGCUGCAGGAGGUAUCGUCAAUGGAGAAGGUGAAAAAGCUGUCACCAGCCUCGUGGGUGGAGGCGAUGCUGGAGGAAACGGGACAACCGGCACCAUUGGCGCCGUUGGAGGCGGUGGUGGUGGAGUGAGUUCGGAAGUCGAAGUUCUAAAGGCUCUCAAAUCUUUAUUUGAGCACCACAAGGCACUGGACGAAAAGGUGCGACAGCGUUUAAGGGUCACGAUAGAUCGUGUGAGGCAGUUGGAAGAGGAACUAACCUUGGCCCAUCGCCGUCUUGCCGGAGAGGAUUUUGCUCUGGAGGCCGAGAUUAAGAGCCAAGUAGAUGGCGGCCAGUAUGGAGAAGUAAGUUUUCUUUUCCGUAAUCAAAUAAUUAUUACUAAAUAUGUAACAUUUCUGAUGGAACUUAUCAAUCCCCCAUUGAAAGAGUGCUCUCAUUCACCUGAUAAACGAAAUAUUUGA